UGAACGAAAUUAUAACAUGCAUGAUUAAAGAUUGGAAGGAAUGCAAUAUUUCGGAUGAGUACACAAUGACCAGAAUAGCUUAUGUAUCUCGUUGGGUCUCCAACAUUAUAAUUUGCUCACACAUGACGUCAGUUUUCCUCUACGCGAUAGGCACAAUAAUGAAGAUCAAAAAUGAAAAUCAAACCGAUGUUCGAGAGCUGAUCAUCAAAAUGGAGAUACCUUUUAAAAUUGAGAGCACAUCAGUACACGUAGCUGUCCUUGUUAGUCAAUUUAUUCACCAGACGAGUGCGGCUGGCAUGGUGGGUGUAAUAAAUUCCUUGCUAAUAAUACUGGUUCUUCACGUGUGUGGGCAGAUUGAUAUAAUACGGCAGAAAUUGAGUGAAAUUACGCAGAAGAACAUCGAGCGGAAGAAUAUCGAGGGUGGGAAUGAAAAUGUCGUAAAAGAUCUGAUCGUUCGACAUCAGCAAAUUAUCACCUUCUCCAAAAACAUCGAGGAUCUUUAUUCCAAUAUUGCACUGGUACAAUUUGUAUCGAAUACUUUGGUUAUCUGUUGUCUAGGAUUUCUUAUCGUGAUCUCUAUCGGUACCCCAGGCGGAUCAAUGAUGUUAGUCAAGUCUGUGUUCUUUUAUUUUGUUAUGAGUUUAGAAGCAUUUGUAUAUUGCUUUGUCGGACAACAUCUGAGCACAAAAAGCGAAAUGAUCGGCGACUCGGUGUACGAAUCAUUUUGGUAUGAAUUGAGUCCUAGUCAAAAUCGAGACAUCUACAUUAUGAUCAUAAGAUCCCAACAGCACUUGACGCUCACGAUAGGAAAAGUUAUGGAACUUUCUUUGAGACAAUUUGCCAACAUCCUUAAAGCUUCAGCGUCAUACGUGUCGGUAUUGCACGCAAUGUAUUGAGGUCUAAAUAUACUUUGUACAUCGCUUA